GGUAAGCAAUUAUUCAUUUUUGAAAGCAAAGAUUUGAUCUUUUCUUGAUUUUGGGGUUAAUUUUGCAAUUUCAUGUUUUGAUUGUUGUUGUAUGAUGAAUCAUCCUGAUUUGAAAUAUGGGGUUUUCCCAGAUGAGAUUAUUCAUCAGAUUCUUGCAAGAUUGCCCAUGAAAUGUCUUUUUAGGGCUAAGAGUGUUUGUAAACUUUGGUAUGGUUUGGUCUCUGAUAAGUAUUUUAUACGAAUGUAUAAUGAAUUGUCUGUUAGGAAUCCUAUGAUGUUGAUUGAGGUUACUGAAUCAUCACAGUUUAGAUCUAGUUUGAUCUGUGUUGAUAGUUUGAGGGGUGUGUCUGAAUUUUCACUGGACUUUGUUAAGGAUAGAGUGAAAGUUAGAGCAUCUUGUAAUGGAUUGUUGUGUUGUUCAAGUAUUCCGGAUAAGGGUAUUUAUUAUGUUUGUAAUCCGAUGACUAAAGAGUAUAAGGUUCUUCCUAGAAGUAGAGAGAGACCGGUUACUCGUUUUCAUCCUGACGGUGAAGCUACUCUUGUGGGGUUAGCUUGUGAUCUGUUGACGCAAAAGUACAGUGUUGUGUUAGCGGGAUAUCAUAGAACGUUUGGACAUAGGCCUGAUAGGAAAUUUAUGUGUUUGGUGUUUGAUUCAGAAUGUAAUAAAUGGAGGAAGUUUGUUUCUAUGCAAGAUGAUCAGUUUACUCAUAUGAAUAAGAACCAGGUUGUGUAUAUUAAUGGGUCGCUUCAUUGGAUGACAGAAAGUUGUUGUUGGUUACUGGUUCUUGAUCUGAAUCAUGACAUUUGGAGGAAGAUGAGUUUGCCUGAUGAAAUAAGUUCUGGAACUGGAAAUCGAGUUUAUCUGUUGGAGUCGGAUGGUUCUUUGUCUGUAAUUAAGAUAUCAGAAGCUUGGAUGAGUAUAUGGGUCUUGAAAGAUUAUGGGAGUGAGGAAUGGUUUAUGGCGGAUAGGGUGAGUCUUCGAUGUAUUAGGGACAUGGUUCCAGGUAUUUUUCCUAUCAGUCAAACUCGACAAUACAUUUUUCUUGCAACACACAAGCAGGUUCUGGUGUAUCAGAGAAACAGCAGGGUUUGGAAGGAAAUGUAUUCUGUGAAAAAUAGUUCAACGCUGCCGUUAUGGUUUUCAGCACAUGCUUAUCGGAGCACAAUCUUCGGUUUUCAUUAAGGUGUUAAAUGCCUACAUUAGACGCUGAUGAAGUUCUGUACAUAUAUUUCUGUUUUACUUUGGGUAUCAACUCUUAUAGUUGUAAUAAAAUUUGUUGGUGCCCAGUGAUUGUACUUUGUUUAUUAUGAUUCCAUCUGUCUUCAGCUUUAUGAAACUUGGUCUAUGUUUUUGGUUUAUAAAUGCAUUUAUUAUGGUCUCAAUAA